CACAAGCCGUUCCGACCAGGCGUUUAGCCACUCCUCCAGAUACAGCCUAGCCAACUGCUUCAACACCUGUUACUUUCUGAACUAGCGAAUCCCUGGUUGCUAAGCUCCCACUUUGUCCGCAACAUGUUUCGGAGUUUGUUCUGCCCGCGGCGCGGCCGCCGUAGGCAGGGCGCUGAGUCAUCCCUGUAUCCAGGGUGGCGAGCCGCCAUCUGCUGAAAUCCCCAUUCACAGACUGAAACCUGUGACCUGUGCCAUGUGACGUGUGACUUGCUACACAGUGCUUUUCUUGGCUGCCGUGCACGCUCGUACAUAAUCCACGCUCGUACAUAAUCCGGGGCAUUUACAAGAGAGGGCACUGCUGUCGACCAACCGUGCCGAAACCGAGUCUUUCGAUUCCAUUCCAUCAUCAGCGCGCUGCUCGUGAGCCUUUCCUCACUCGUUCUUCCUGACCUGCUGACCUGCCCGUGCCGAGGCUUUGCAGUUUCUCGCUGAAAGCGACGGUCGCCCAUCGCUCGGACUCGUGCUUGUUUAUCGACGCGACUCAGAAUCUUGACAAUGGCGCCGUGGGUUGCGCUUGCACUCGUGGGGCUCCUGCUGGGAGCGAGUGAUCUCCGCGCGGCUCGCGGACAGGAGUCGUUCAACUACGACCUGUCGGGCACGGACUGGAAGGGUCUGUGCCAGUCGGGCAAGAAGCAGAGCCCCAUCAACAUAGUCACAUCCGCUGUGAAGCGUGCCGAUGGCCCCUCACUGCUCAAAGUGAAGCACCCGCUGAGCCGCGAGAUCACCGUCACCAACGAGGAGCACGCCGCUGCCGUUUCACCGCAGGCGGGCAAGCGCUACUACCUCACGCUCCCCUCGGGGCUGCACAAGCUGGACCACUCCGACCUGCAGGUGCCCAGCAUCCACCUCGUGAACGGCGUGCAGGCGCCCAUGGAGGCCAAGUUCGCGUAUGUCAACACGGGCAACACCACCCGCAAGUCUGUCUUCACGGUGCUGCUGCAGCUGCACCCCGCCGACAAGGACAACGCGUGGCUCGACCUCUGGCUGAACCGCAUUCCAGCGGCGGUGAACGGCACGGUGAAGGUGGCGGCGAAGACCAACUUCAUGGAGCUGCUCUCGUUCAACGUGCCCUUCUGGCACUAUGAGGGGUCGCAGGUGCACCCGCCCUGCACCGAGGUGGUGGACUGGUUCGUCUCAAUGCGCCCCAAGUUCGUCUCCACGCGCCAGCUCGCCACGUACAUGAACUUCCUCUCGCGCACCAACAGUGGCGACCGCACCAACAACCGCCUGCCGCAGCCGCUCAACGGGCGCGUGGUGUCCAUGUUCAAGGCGUAGACAGGAGGGUGGAUGGCGUGAGGGCAUGUGGGAGAGCGAGAGCACGUGGGAAGGCACGUUCAAGGCACGAUGAGAGGCCGCAUAGUUGCCCUUUGCGCUCAACAACCGCAGUGUUCCGUGUUCAAGGCGUGGGGGGAGGCCACAAGGGCACGAGGCGACCUUUGAGUCGACUCAUAUGUCACCUCAUGUUCAAGGCGUUGAGAGGCCAAAGAUCGAAGGCUACUUGUGCCUCUAAACGACCUUACUCUUGUGUUGCCCCCUUCAAGGGGACAUGACUAGAGGCCAGAUGGGUGGCAGCAGGCAGGAGUUUGGCCGAGGGUGGAGGGGGGGGCGAAGGUGGUGUGUUGUCGUGGCCAGCCAGGCAGGUUGGUGCAUGUUUCAUGUAGCUUCGUUCGUAUGGUUCGCUUCAAAGAUGCCGUCAUGUCACAUGGUUUUGGGGGAGCCUCAUCUGGCCUGUGGAUUGCCCACACUGAGUGUGACCCUGUGUGACUAAGGUUUGAUUUGUUUGUUUGCCUUUGUAGGAGAGUUGCAUGUAGUAAAUCUAUAAUCACAAC